GGAUUUUCCCAGCCACCCCGCACACACAUGGGUGUCAAUGCUGUCGAGGUAUCUCGACUGGGACGUGACUAAUUGUUUUCCUGCACUAUGGUUGUACAGUUGGAGCGUCCACUGCGCUGAACGAAUGUCCGGCGGAUCAGUUCACACAUGCACUCGGUCACUUCGGUCAGGUCCACCGAAGAUGCUCUGGGAUGUUCGAAGUCGGGCGCGAAUGCGCACGUCUUUCCUGUCCUUAGCGAGCAAACAGAGAGGUGCAACAAACGCGGAUCGCACCAAGCCGAAACCAAAAUAGCAGCGCAGGCUCCCUGACAGCGACGUGAGACGGCGGGCUAGAUGGACUCGAGUUUCUACAUUGCACCCUUCGUCCACAUCGAGGGCGCGGGGUUCGCGUCAGGCGAGAACUGAUUAGAUUGUGACGCGGAGAUGAUCAAGGGGAUUAUCCACCAGCGUUAGGCACAAUGUUUUGGGCGAAGCAGACCGCCGAUUUGGCCUGGGUUUUGUGAGACGCAAGCUGCAACUAAGCCCUGCCAUACGCUGCGCUGAGAGCUGCCGAGGUCAGGUCUACGACCGCACAAAAGCAAAGACGGGCAAAACAUGAAACGUGAACUUCAACGUCUCACAUGAGCACCCUUAGUUUGGAAAUGAUUACAGGCGUCAACUGCCGUUUCGAAAACACACGUUACACAUACGCGGUGUUUUUCUUGGCCUUAGCGUCUUUACAGCUUUGACAGCCAGAGCGAAGGUGUAUAUAAGGAGCGCUGCCAAGAGAUACCAAGAGUUCUUCACAGCACAUUCGUUUGUUUGUCACAUCCGUUCGAUUCUCUACUCUCCUUUGGCUACUGGUUAGCUCCACCGACAGAUUCAUUCGCAUUGGUCAUUUGCCGUUUUCACUCGCUGGUCGAUUCAUUCUUGCACAAAAUCACUUCCUCAACCAUGCAUUUCACCAAGUCCAUCGUUGCUGCUUCGGCUUGCAUUUCUGCGGCAUUUGCUGCCACGCAUCAAAUCCAGGUUGGCACCAACGGCCAGAGGGUUUUCGAUCCUCCCACUGUCAACGCCGCCGUUGGUGACACGGUCCAGUUCAUCUGGGUCGCCGGUAACCACACUGUCACCUCAGGAGGAGGAAGCAGCUCAGCUGCCUGCCAACCCAGCGGCAAAUUUAAUUCAGGAUUCCUCAUCGGCACCGCCGGCAAGACCACCGGCCAACCGACAUUUUCGUUGACAGUGAAGGACACCAACCCAAUCACAUUCUACUGCGCCCAAAACCAGAAUGACCAUUGCCAGGCGAGCAUGGUCGGUGCUAUCAACCCCUCGACUGACGACAACAAUCCAAACUCGUUGGUUCAGCUGCAACGGGCUGCUUCCCAGACUAAGAUCAGCGGAGUUGCUCAGGGCGUAACUGGUGGUACUGUCGGCACUGGCAAUGUGCAGAAGAACAAGAGAGAGCUUGUUCCAUCCCGCCUCUUCAAGCUUGAUUGAAGAGUAUAAACUAGUGUUAAACGAAUUUUCAGCAUCUCUGCCCAUGAUGAGAAGCGAAAAGAGAGAUCCGAUAGCACUUGUGUAGUAUACAUAUGGUUCUAGUCCUCUGAAGCCAAACAAUGACAGGAUACGGUUGUUUGCAAAACGAA